AUGUAUUUAAGCUUACAGGAACUCAAACAUCCACCUGUGCCAACAGCACUGGCUCAGGUUGACCGCGAAAAGAUCUACCAGUGGAUCAAUGAGCUGUCCAGCCCUGAGACACGGGAGAAUGCACUGCUGGAGCUAAGCAAGAAGCGCGAGUCUGUUCCUGACCUUGCCCCGAUGCUGUGGCACUCAUUUGGCACGAUUGCUGCGCUCCUUCAGGAAAUUGUAAAUAUUUAUCCAUCAAUCAACCCUCCGACUUUGACAGCCCAUCAGUCCAACAGAGUAUGCAAUGCUUUAGCUCUGUUACAGUGUGUUGCAUCACAUCCUGAAACGAGGUCCGCUUUUCUGGCAGCUCAUAUCCCUCUCUUCCUGUACCCCUUCUUGCACACAGUUAGCAAGACACGUCCAUUUGAGUACCUGCGGCUCACGAGCCUCGGAGUGAUCGGGGCCUUGGUGAAAACUGAUGAGCAAGAAGUGAUAAAUUUCUUAUUGACAACAGAAAUUAUCCCCCUGUGCUUACGCAUUAUGGAGUCUGGCAGUGAACUCUCCAAAACGGUUGCUACCUUUAUUCUUCAGAAAAUCCUCCUGGAUGACACAGGGCUGGCAUAUAUCUGUCAGACUUACGAGCGGUUUUCCCAUGUUGCCAUGAUACUGGGUAAAAUGGUCCUGCAGCUCUCCAAGGAGCCAUCGGCACGACUGCUGAAACAUGUCGUCCGCUGCUACCUUCGCCUUUCUGAUAACCCCAGGGCACGUGAAGCUCUCAGGCAGUGCCUUCCUGACCAACUGAAGGACACCACCUUCGCCCAGGUCCUGAAGGAUGACACCACCACAAAGCGCUGGCUGGCUCAGCUUGUCAAGAACCUGCAAGAGGGUCAAGUCACUGACCCGCGGGGCAUCCCUCUUCCUCCGCAAUGACUGCUGGGGGAGGUAGGGGACCGGGGAAGAAACAGCUCAGGUUUACAAAGAACCAGGAACAGGUGACCUCUUCCGUAACAAACUGGGCACGCCAGCUGGCUGCCGGCCUGUCGGACCAUCCCGCCCAGUCAAAGGGCUGCUCUGUAGCAAUGCAGCAUGCCUCUGGGGAUCGCAACACCAGCAAAUGCUGAUACUACAGCUUCAAAAAAAAAAAAAAAAAUCAAUAAAAACAAUCU